UGAAGUUUUGCGUAUUCAGUCGACGAUUUUUUGGCUGCAAAUUUUUGUGAGUGAAUUUUUUCUCCGAUUAUUUAAUUGAAAUUUGCGCCCACGGAAGUGCUAAAGUGCAAGAAAUUCAACACGUGGUUAGGAAGUGAAGGGAUUUUGUGGACAAGAUAAUUUGGGCGGAAAGAAAUUUUCUCUGAGGUGAAAUUGUGAGGUUAUGUGAGUACCCCAUAAGGCGGAAAGAGAGGCCUACCGAGAAUGUUCAACAAACCAACAUUUGGUGGGGCAUCAACAUCGGGAUUUGGGUUCAACAACGCCCAAGCGACUAGUCCCUUUGGGCAGUCGGCAUUUGGGAAGCCCGCCACGACGGCUUUUGGCCAGACCUCCACCUUCGGGCAGCCCAGUUCUUCCCUCUUUGGCGGAAAUCAACCUACUGGGGGUCUCUUUGGUGCCACCAACACUUCCCCGUUUGGAGCACCGCAGCCGACCACACAGUCGGGAUUUGGGGGUUUUUCUCAACCGGCUAAUACGUCGGUUUUUGGAAGCACAACUGGCAAUCAAAAUUCCUCAAUUUUCGGUCAAUCGGGAACGUCGGCGUUUGGUGCGGCGAAACCAUCGGGAUUUGGAUUUGGUGGUACCCAACCAUCGACGUCAAUCUUCGGCCAAGCAAGCACGUCAAAUGCAACUGCACCGGGUUUCUUUGGGCAGCAAAAUGCUGGAACAAGCUCCAUUUUUGGUGCUACACCCACGCCAGCUUUCGGUGCCACAGCCACGGGAAGUGGAGGCACGGGGAUUGUCAAAUAUCAACCGUCUAUGGGCACAGACACCCUCAUGAAGAAUGGACAGGCAAAUAGUGUGAAUACGAAGCAGUACUGCAUCACCACUAUGAAGGAGUACGAAGGGAAGUCACUGGAAGAGCUCCGGAUGGAGGAUUAUUUGUCCAACAGGAAGGGUCCACAGGCAGGAGCUGUUGGUGGGAUGUUUGGGCAAACACAACCGACAAAUAGCCUCUUUGGGGCCCCAGCUCAACCGCAGCAGACAACAGGGAUCUUUGGGCAGCAGCCUGAGAAUAAGGGGCUCUUUGGGACCACAAACACCAUGCCGGGAUUUGGGCAGCAAAGUGCUUUUGGGGCUGCAACGAGUCAACCAUCAGCUGGAGGAUUAUUCAACAAAUCUUUUGCUCCAGCACCCACUACAAGCACUUCCGGCUUUGGUUUCGGUGCCACAGCCAACAAUGCAUCAUCGAGCCUCUUUGGCCCAAAACCCUUCGGAGCUCCAACCACUGGAGGUGUUUUUGGGGCUGGACAGACAAAUCCCGGAGCCCAAACGGGUUUUGGACAGACAAAUACUGGCUUUGGAGGUUUUGGCCAGACAAAUGCAAAUCCCGGUGCUCCACUCUUCGGACAGACUACGGAUAAGCCAGCAUUUGGCAUGGCAACAACUUCUACUGGUUUUGGAUUUGGCACGAAUACCAACACAAUGUCCGGCGGGGGUUUGUUUCAGCCAAAACCAGCUACGGGCUUUGGAGCACAGACAGGUGGCUUUGGGACGACAACAUCAAUGGCAAGCGGUUUUGGGGGGUUUGGUCAGAACAAUGCUGGCAGUUCGCUGUUCAAUUCGUCAUUCAAUAAGCCAGCAACCAGUGGUUUUGGGUCAUUUGGAAAUCCAACGUCGAGUGCCCCCCUGGGUGGCUUGGGGACGAACAAUGUUAGUUUAUUUGGAGGACAAACCAACAAACCCGGUGGAUUCUUCGGGAGUAAUACAGGUACAGCCACUGGUGGGGGUUUAUUCAACAAUUCCCUCUCCUUUGGGAACAAUAAUUCCCUAAUGGGUGGCCUGGGGCAGAAUAGUUUGGGAAUCGGAGGGGCACCAGCCUUGGGACAGACACAGCAAACGGGUGUUCCGGUUCAUCAGCAAAUCCUUGCACUGGCUACAUCUCCAUACGGGGACAAUCCAAUCUUCAAGGAUCUCAAGCCACCAAUGGGUCUCUCAGAGGAUGCACUGAAGCCCACAAAUCCUGCUGCCCAGAAGGCAAUUCUUGAGUCACCAGCAAGUCAAUUGCGAGUGUCGUCGAUUAAGCUUGCAAGUGGCGUUAAGGUGAAGCCUGUGGGGAAUGGUUUGAGCAAACGAUCCCUGUUUGAAGGACUCGAGGAAUACGAUAGUUCGGUGGAGGAGAAUUUCAAUUUAAGACCCAAUGCUCGUCGUUUGAUCAUAACAAAGAGUGAAUCAACACCAAAUAAAUCACUCAAUGCAUCCAUUACGCGAUCUCCGCAGUCAUCAUCGCUCUAUCCUGCAUUGCCGGAGAAGAGCAAGGCAUCACUCAAUGUUUCCGCGGAUGCAGCCAAUAAGGAGAAUCAGGAGAGUUUCACCAAUGAAAUCCCCACAAGCAUGCCCAAAAGUCUUGACAACAAUCCACGACGUGUCUCGUGGUUGCAUUCGAACCUCGAUAAAAAUCGCAAUCGUAACAGUGAUGUCUACUUGGAGAAUACAAUUCAGGAGAUUGUGACGGAAAAGCAGAAGACAGAUAGUCAGAAAACGAGUGGAGUGUCCACUGGGUCUAAAAUAUCCACCUCACCAAGUAAUGCGGAUGAUGCGUCGCAGAUAAAGGAUGUUUCGGAUAUAUCUUCAAGAGGUGGUGGUGCAAGUGAUGUGGAGGAAAUUGAUCCUGCCACAGCCAGCAGUGAGCCCCAUCCAACGGGUAUCAUUCUCAGACGUGCUGGUUACUAUACAAUUCCAUCUCUGGACGAAUUGGUGAAUUACGUGAAGGAUGACAAGACGUGCAUUGUGAGCAACUUUACAAUCGGUCGCGAUGGGUAUGGGAAUGUCUUCUACAAUGAGGAAAUGGAUGUGUACGGGCUGAACAUUGAUGAGAAUGUCUUCUUCCGGCACAAGGAGAUUGUCAUCUAUCCAAUUGACGAUCGUCGACCACCCGUUGGGUAUGGGCUCAAUCGUCCAGCACAGAUAACACUCGAUCAAAUUUGGCCCGUUGACAAGGCAACACAUGAUAUUAUCAAAGACCCCGAGAGACUUCAAGCUAUGGGCUAUGAGGAUAAUCUGAGGCGUGUCUGCAGGAAGCAUGAUACGCGUUUUGUUGAGUAUCGCCCAGAAACGGGAAGUUGGGUCUUCAAGGUGGAUCACUUUUCCAAGUAUGGGCUCACAGAUAGCGAUGAGGAGUACUCGGAGCCCGUUGAUCCCGCAAAGAAGCCCAAAAUUUCAGCUCCACUCCAGCGCAAAGCCCCAAGUCGUGAUACGCUGGAGCGAACGAAGCAAACUGCGGGAGCUGCAGCUGUUCUCUCGCCGAAAUCAUUCACACAUCCCGACAUUGAUGAAUUGAGGCAGAUGACUGCGGUGGAGGGAUCAUUCGAAAUGGAAGAUGAUUUUGAUAUGGAUUUUAUGCCGAGCUUCUCUCAAACGCAACCUGUUAGCCCGUCGGCAUCCAUGGCAAUGGAAUUGGGUGCUAAAUCACAUAAGUUGCAACUGAUGAAGGCGGCUUUCUUCACGGAGGACGACUACGACAAUCGAUCUGUGUGUACGGAUUCGGUGACGGGAAGAGAGACUCCCGAGCAACAGGAUCAGAUUGUACCUAGUCGUCACUUGGGUAGUCGCUUUUCCUCCAUGCAGAGUAUGUACAAGGGAUCGAGUGUGAUGAGUUUGCAGACACAGUCAGAGGACACCCCAAUUAUGCCCUACACCCCCGCCGCAAGGAUGUCUGCAGUGACAAAACCCGAGAGUGCCGAGAAGAGGAUGUCUCGACAAAUAAUUGAGCCAAUCUACUAUCCUCUUGUUGUGGAACCGAAAAUUGCCAUUGUCAAUCCCGUGGGGACAAUUGUCCCUUAUGAGGGAUCGAUAGCGAGGCGUUUGAAGGGGAAAUCUGUUGCUGAUAUUGGAAUUCUCACGGGGAGACGCUUCAAAGUUGGAUGGGGCCCGAAGAAUUCCGUUAUGGUCCUCACGACAGCGCACAUUAUUCAGGACAUGAAGAGAGUAACAAUGUGCAUUGGGGAUUAUGCAGCUGUUCUCGGGGCACGAGAGAGCAAUGACAAGAGUCCAGCAAUUGCAAUGAGACUGGAAGUGGCGUCUGUACUGCCAAUUCGGGGAUUUCGGCAGUCAAUUCAGAAUCAUCUUGGAUUGCAGCUGAAGUACUGUGAGAAGGUUAUUUUCUCACCAAUGGAGUGUCCGCAAUUCCUUCCAGCUGGUGGUACGGAUCUCCUUGCGGAGCACUGUCAAUUGGCAAGGAAUCAGCAGAAUAUGAGUAAACAGGAGAAGUAUGCACAGAGUGUGUGGUCCCUGUGUGAGGCGCUGUGGGGUGAGGAAGAGGAACUCCAAGGACAAGAUCCGGCUAGUCAUUUAACUGUUAUGCGUCGCCGAGAGCUUCUAUCCAAUUGGUUGGAGGAAGUUGUUGCGGAGAAGACUGUCAAUGUGGGCGAGAAGUCUGACUACCUGGAGUAUCUGAUUGAGCUCCUCUACGCACAUAAAGUCACGGAAGCGUGUGAAUUGGCAUUCAUGAAGAGUGAUAUGAAUUUAUCUCUCCUCAUUUCGCAAUCUUCAGGUGGUCCAAUUGUCAGGCAACUGAUGCAGCAUCAAUUGGCAUCGUGGCAAGAUGUUGAAGCUGAUAAAUUCAUCAAUGUUAAUCGUCUUAAGGUCUUUAUGCUUAUUGCUGGGAUUCCUUUGCUGUCUUCGUCAAACACAAGCUUGGGCGAUGGAAAUGGAGGAACAAUUAAUGUUUUCCAGGAUGUCAGCUGGAUCACAGCACUUGCGAUAAAUUUAUGGUAUUUAUGCUCCCCAACGGCUUCCAUCACUGAUGCUCUGUUGAACUAUGAGAGUGCAUUUCAAUCGGAAGAUGGUGUAGCUGCUCCUCCAAAUCCACCCUACACAGACUACGAGGUGGAAAGUAAAAAUCCCAUUCAGGAUCUACGCUACCAUCUGCUGAAGCUCUACUCAAAGAGGAGCCACAGGAUUGAGACUCUUCUCAAUCCAGCCACACACACAGCGGAUUCAAUGGAUUUCCGUCUCAGUUGGCUCCUUCUGCAGACAUUGGCAACCCUUGGGUAUCAUCAUUGUUCAGAGAAGUCUGAAUGUCAACUUCAUACUUCGUUUGCGAGUCAACUGGAAAACUACGGGAUGUGGCAUUGGGCAGUAUUUGUUCUCCUUCACAUACGCAAUCGCGAAAGGAGGGAGAUUUGUGUGCAGCAAAUGCUCUAUCGGUACAUUACACUCCCGGACGAAGGAGAUGAGGAGUACAUGGCAAAGGAGCGGUUUGUCAUUGAGCAGCUACACAUCCCAGUAACAUGGAUCUUCUGGGCAAAGGCUGUACGGGCGGGUUCGAUGAAUCAGUACCAUGAACAAGCGGAAUUCCUCAUAAAGGCAAAGCAGUGGAAUUUAGCGCAUGAAGUUAUAAUGAAUCACAUUGCACCUGAUGCAGUUAUCAAUGACAACAUCCCCUACUUGAAGGAACUCCUUGGAAAACUCACAGAGACGAAGAAAAUUAUGAACUGGAGGAAUCAAGGACAAAUUAUCCAUGAUUUUAUUGAUAUGAACGAAAAGUUUGAGUCCCUCAAGAUGGUGAGUGAGAGUGAUCUCGUGAGUCGCUGGGAGAGUUUGAAGCCUCAACUUGAUGAAUUAUGCUCACGAAUAAAUCUCUUCCCGUGCCCAACGGCAAAGCAUCGUCUGUGUCAGAGUGAGAUAUCCCAGCGUCUAGCUUGUCUUGUACGUGGGAUCCUCAUGACGUCGCCACAUCUCAAUCCGUGUCUCCUGAUAAAGGUGGCUCUGGAGAAGUUGCCACUGCCGCAGGAGUACGCACAGAAGGAACUAAAAUUCUUCAUUGAUUCUGUCAUGGUGGACACAUUUCAGCACACAGAAGAGCAAAUGGAUGCUUAAAUUAAGACUUUUUUAAUUAUUAUAAUUUGGAAUUUAAACAAAAAAAAAUAUGAGAAACCUUUUGAAUUUCUUUUUAGCAAGAGUUUAAAUAAAAAUUACAAAAUGAAACCUUU